CAGCCCGCAAUUGCUGCCCGCUGCCCCGAAAACGCGACCGAAGGGUCGCUGGGAGCCGCAUCGAUGCGGGGCAGCAUGAUGCGCUGGCUCUGCGUCUCGAUAGCGGCCGCCCAGCAACACCUCGACCCGAAGCUGUUCGACGCCGCCGCGCGCCUCGCGACGAGUAGAGUGGACCACGCCUGCCCGAACACGCCGCGAAGGGGCCGGGACCCUUGUGCUUGCCAGCUCGCGUGUUCCGAUUUACAGUGCGCGAACGCGCGACGACGCUGCGACACGGAAUUUACAUGGUGUUCAGACAUGGACACGAACGCCGCUAAAAGAAUCGAGAAGAAGGUCGCCACGCUCAAGGUGAAGGGCCCGGCCUGGUCCGUUUCUGAGGACGCCUUCGGGCCGUUAUCUGUCUUGCGAGGACGACCGUUCGUCUCGCUCAUAGGAGAGCAGAAGUGCGGCACGACCCUACUAUAUGACGCUCUCGUCAAUUCCCCACAUUUCGUGCGAGCACCGAACGGCCGCAAGGAGCAGCACUUCUUCGAUAGCCACCACGUCAUCGACGCGUGCCGCUCCAGAAGCUACGUGAAUGGCCUUGGUAGGAGAGGUGGAAUUGUAGAUGCGUCGCCGGACUACUUAGCUGAUCCUAUCGCCGCCGUCCACCUGUCGAAAUUCCUACCAGAAGCCCACAUCAUCCUGCUCUGGCGGGACCCCAUCAAACGCGCGCACGCGGCGUGGGACCAGAACCGGCGGGCGGGGAGCGAGGACCGUUCGUUUAAUGAAGCUGUUUCAGGGGAAUUGCCCGUCUUCCGGCGAUGCGUGGUACUGGCGCCCGCCGUCUCGCAAUUUAUUGGUGGGAGUGGGAACUCGUCGUCCGGACAUUCAUUAGUUGAGUACGUGGAGCGAUGCGCCCACUUCAUCGACGGCCAGCCCAAGAACUGCUGGGUCAACAAGAAUUAUAACAUACGACCAGCCUGCAAGCGGUACCUCUACAAGGGGUUAUAUGGGGACCACGCGACCACGUACGCUUCACUCUAUUCACGUGUGGGUGCCGUCCGGGCCGAGGCCCUGUUCGCGGAGACGGCGCGCGUGCUGCAGAACGUGGCGCGCUUCCUCGGCGUCGACGGUGUGAACCCGCCGAGGAAGCAGACGUGCUGGCACGACUGCGGCACGCGGAAGAGCGCCUUCGCCAUCGCCGAGCCGCUGCGAUUGAAACUCGAGGCGCUCUACGCGCCGUCGCAAAGACGCUUCGAGGCGUUGAUAAAUGCGGGCCGCGUGGCGGACCUGUCCUAA